ACGUGUGCAUGAACUAUCGAUAUAUUCGUUAUAAAUAAUUAAUAAAUGUGGUUUCUGCCUGUUUAUUGUGCAAAACGAGUGAGUUAAACAAAGAUGUAUCAACUCAUGCGUAAGUAAAUUAAUAUUAUAGUUAUAUAUUUGCGGCAUGUUAAAUAAGGUUAUGUAAUGUUUUAUGUUUUAUUAUAAUGUAAUAUUAUCGAUAGAAAAAAUAUAUUUAUGCAUUUGUAUCUAAUAUAUCUAUUCGGACCUCAGGGCUCCAUAGCUCCAUGGGCCGCUCCUACUCACACAUCGUCUUGUCUCUUUCUACGUCCGUCAAGACGAUUUUCGUCAUAUGCUCCAUUCAGUACUAUAUAUCGAUGGAGAAAACGAACGCAGCGUUAGAAAUUCUCAAUACUACCAACUUAACUUUUUCUCCCAACACCAGCCAAAGCUAUUUUCGAACGCACCUAUUCAGGAUGAUCCUAAGGACGUCCUGUGCUAUCUGGGUAGAAUUAAAUAUAGAGUACGCUCUACCCGUGAAAUGUGAAAACAGUGUUGUUUUUUAUUAUUUGAGAAACACUUCUGUUUUCACGUGGUUUUUACAUAAAAAGACGGUAUGGCAUAUAAUCUAUGAAGCAGUCCUAUUCGAAACGUAUUGCUGGAAAUUGACAAUGCGAUAUUUGCAAAGCCUCAAAAGACCAAAAGACAUGGCUCCAGGGUCUGUCGUACUUACGGCCAAUGUGUAACGAACAUAGAGUGUAUUUAUGCACAGACUGUGGAAACUCUGAUUAUCUUACCUAUUUUCAUAUACUGUAAUAUAAGAAGCACUAAUAUAACCAUUUUUGUACGUUUUUAUUGAA